GUAGAGAGGAGGGAGGGUGGCGCUGGCGUGGGCGGGUCGAGUGGUGGUCCGCUUACUAUUGCGGCCGACAGUCUUGUCUUGCCAGCGGAAGCUACUGGAGCGUCUGAUUGACAAGCAGAGUAAUAAGGCUUGUUGAGGGUGAAUGCGCUGACACGGGACCGCGGGUCGCUCUAGUCGCUAAGCGGCUAUGACGAAGCGGGCAGCAGCAGGCCUCAAGCAACACAGGACGCGAACGGGCGGGGGCGAUGGGAAGAAGGAAGAAGCGCGGUGCAAUGUAGUACUGCUGGCAAGUCACUCUUGUCGUGCUCGAGGGGGGUUAGAGAGGGUGUUGUUGGUCGAGGAGGGAGAGGGGGAGACAGAGGAUCAAACGCCUCACCUCGACUGGGCUGGCAACGCAACAGACAGUGGACAGACGGCCGCGGCAGCCCAGGGAUGGAUCGUGGCAUCCCCGCCAAGGCUGUUUCCCUGCAUGACGCCCUAUUGGGUCUUGUUGUCCUGUAUGCAAACACGACGUCUAUUCUCUCUCUCUCUCUCCCUCUCUCUUCCAAACGGCCACCGGUUGCUUCUUCGAUGCCACAACGUCUCAAGACAAGAAACGGCCGCUUCGCUCGCUCGCGUGUCCCAUCCCAUGUCUCAUCGUCGGCAUCACGGCCCCUCACCACCGACCAUCUGGUUGUUGGAACAGACGACGCGCACGCCUGACCGCUGUUGUUGCUCGUCCUCGUAGCCUUGUCUCAGUCGUGUUGUCGAGGGCUUUGUGAAUGCGAAUACAUAUAUAUAUCCAGGCUGCGGUUCGGGUGCAAGAUAUGCGUUGGGCUGUGGGUGAGCAGCCCACUAGCUGUCGUCUUCGCAGCAUCCACUGUCCUCAGCAGGCAACCAGCUUGCGUGAGAGUCUACUCUAUGGUCAAGUUUUGAAUAGGUUUAGCCGUAUCAGUCUCGUAUGUCUGGAUGCGUGACCGUUGACUUUGCUGCAAACAUGUUGUCGCAGCAGUUCUGCCCAAUCGGGAAAGACGACCAGAUGACACAGCCACAUGGCUUCGAUGUGAUACCUUGCCAUCAGGCAGAGUGGGAGGAGAAGCUCGGGGGAAGCUGGGCACUGUGGGAGAUGUAGAAGUAGACGUUUCGACUAUUCAAUAUAUGAGAUUAGAAAAUACAAGCAAUAGAAGCAGU